GAGAGUAUUUUCGUUUAAGUAAGAAGGUUCUGUCUCUAUGUGCAGGGUAAUGCUGGCCCAUGAAAGGUUAAAAUAAGCCCAGAGAAGGGCUCUGGAGUGAGUGUUCCUGACGAGAUUGCAGUGUUGAGGUUCUGCUUCCCUUUGCUUGGGUCUCUUUCUCCACCCCCCGCCUGUGAAUUCAGCACACCGAAUUGCUGUUUGCUCCAAGCAGUCUAAAGGCUGUGCCUUACACGGAGCCGCCAGACGGAUGGGCCAGCCCCUUCCAGGCCCCAGGCGGAGAGGGGCCGGCCUUUGCCCUGUUCCCUGAGGGCCCCCUUUCAGCUGGAGGCGUGCUGGGCUUGGGACCUGGGGCCCGGAGGCAUGCAGACGCAGACCCAGCCCGGGAGUCGAGGUUUCUGUGCCCCACUUAACACAAGAGCCGUCCCGUAGCCCAGUGCUGUUGCAGGGAGCCGAGGGCCAAGCAGGGCCAGUGGAUGCACGGCUGCCUCUGGCUCCCGGCAGAUCUAGGGGCUCCUCUCUCUCAUCCUGCCCCAGCACUAAUGGAGCUGCGCUGCCUGCAGGCUGGCCAUGUGUCAGGUGGAGCUGCGCUGGAUGAGAGAGAGGCGGGGGGCGGGUUUCUGGGAGCCAGAGGCAGCUCUCCUGGGUUUGGGGGUGCCCCCACUCAGCCGGAUGGACUGCUCCUGCCGUGCGGCCUCCACAGGCCGCCUUGGGGGUGCAUCGUCUCUGCAGGGCAACCUUCCCCGCCUCUCCCCUGAGCUCCACGGAGGGCUCUGCUGGAGCCCAGGGGACUAUCCUCGCCCGGCAUGCUACCGCAGUGCCCCAGGGGGAAGUGCCCUGCCCGCUUGCCACGGGAUUCUGCGGCGCGUCCUCUGGGCACAGCCCCGAGUGUUGGCACGGCCCUCCUUCCCCGCAGCUCUCUGUCGAGGAAGUCUCCUGGCUGUUGCGCUGCCGAUAAGGAACGGCCCCUUGACCCACAAGUGGCUUAGGCUGUGUGGCUGAGGCAGGAGCACAUGGGGAGGGGGGGGUGAAGAGGGAGCCCAGCAUAAAAGCUCCCUGUUCCCGGGGUGACACGUGCCAGGCAAGAGCAGCGUGGCUUCUCUCUGCUUUGUGCACAGCACCGCCGGGCACCAGUUUCUGCAUCACUUGCUUCUUGGGAUGUAAAGGACUCCGUGGGGUUGGCCACUUUGGGAUGCCAACAAAGAUUCUGCACCUGGUCAUCAUAAGCAAUUAGGAACAGAGGAAGCUGCCAUAUGCUGAGUCAGACCAUUGGUCUAUCAAGCUCAGUAUUGUCUACCCAGACUGGCAGCGGCUGCUCCAAGGUUGCCGGUAGGAGUCUCUCUCAGCCCUAUCUUGGAGAUGCUGCCAGGGAGCGAACUGGGAACCUAGAUGCUCUUUCCAGAGUGGCUCCAUCCAAAAAGGGGGGAAUCUCUUGCAGUGUUCACACUUCUAGUCUCCCAUUCAUAUGCAACCAGGGUAGACCCUGCUUAGCUAAGGGGACAAGUCAUGCUUGCUACCACCAGAUAGAGCUCUCCUCUCCUGGAAAGAAUACAAUUAAGUUCAGACUGCUUAGGACAGCUUCUGAAGGUUCAGUGUCUUAUUUUCCAACUACUGUGCUGACUUGGGUCAGAACUACCUGUGAAAACUGAAGCCACCCUGCCUAAAAUAUAACACCAAAACACAACACAACAGAGCAGAGGGAGCUGCCGUAUACAGUACUGAGUCAGACCAUCUAGCUCAGGAUUGUCUUCACAGACUGGCAGCAGCGGCUUCUCCAGGAUUGCAGGCAGGAAUCUCUCUCCGCCCUCUCUGGAGAUGCUGCUGCCAGGGAGGGAAUUUGGCGCCUUCGGCCUGCAGCCCGCUGGCAUUCUGAGGGGAAUCUCUUCCAGUGCUCACAGACGUAGUCUCCCGUUCAAACACGGGAAGCUGCCUUCUGCCAAGCCAGACCCCUGGUCCAUCGAGCCUCAGUAGUGUCUGCACAGACUGGCAGCGGCUUCUCCAAGGCUGCAGGCAGGAGUCCCUCUCCCUGCCCUGCCUGGAGAUGCUGCCGCCAGGGGCUGAGCCUGGGGCCUUCUGCAAGCAAGCAGACAGGUGCUCUUCCCGGAGUGGCCCCAUUAUCCCCUCAGGGGAAAACCGGACAGUGCUCCCAUUCAAGUGCAAACCAGGGUGGAUCCUGCUUAGCAAAGAGGACAAUUCAUGCUCACUACCCCAAGACCAGCUCUCCUUCCUUAUUGCGUUCCUUUGCCUUUGGCGGUCGCCCUCUAGGUCCCUGGACAGCUUUCCUGCAGUUUUAAGAUGUUCCUGAGGAAGGGCCCAGAAGAACUUGCAUUGAGGGUCCUCUGGCCAUCACAGCUCCCUUGGGCCCUUUUUAGGAGGAGGGAGAGUGGGAGGUGGUGGCGGUGGCAGCUGCUCCCUGCCCACCCAUCUUGCCUGUUCCUUCCAGAAGGGAGUUUCAGCAGCAACCCCCCCCCACUCUCCACUUCUGAGCCCCUGCAGGGUUGGGGGUGGGUGGGGCUGGGCUGGGCGUUGAGCUCCCAGAUCUCGCUAGUUUUGCUUCACAGGUGAGAAGGGAGAGGUUGUGCCCCAGACGGGGACUCCCUAAUCUCAAAGGAGCAGUUAGCCGCCCAGCUCUACCUGGUGAAUGGCCAGCCUGCAGGCAGCACCAGAAGCAGCUGGGCCUCCCUUGGCGCCCUCUGGCUUGUUAGCACCAGCCGCUACUGUCACAUAGCAGCUGUUUUCUGAACAGCCCCCCUUGUAAUAGUGCAAGGAAUCCCACCUGGACAUUAUCUGAGCACGGAAUGGCUAACCAAUUAUUUGUGUUAUAUCCAUAAAUAUCUUCGCCUUAUUCAGACACUACGUUGUAUGAGUGUACAGAUGUCUGUACACAGUGUUCCCUCCAAGGCGUGCUCACAUGCGCAUGCUCACCUGUUUUUGGAUGUCCGCUCAGUUGAUUUUAGAUCCCGCUCAGGUGGAAUCAGGAAGGCCCCACUCUGAAUGCACAUGGUGCGCGCACACUGCCUUGAUGCUGCUGCCCAGAACAAAACUCAUCCUGCACACAGAUGGGGGGAAAUAAAGAGACCACUGCUGCACAUGUUUUUGCGUGAGUGUUCCUGUGCUCAUUGCAAAAGUGGGCCUGGGUGGCCCCCCCCCCGCCCCCGAAAUACAAGCCGUGGACUGCUGGCUGUGUGGAGCAAAAGGACAAGACAAGGGCGGAGGCACCACCACCAAGGAGGCAGAACACAUGUCGGAUUAAAGUCCUCCGUCAGAGGCACAUUCCCAACCUCAGAAGAGGCCUCCCAUUCGUAGAGAUAGGAGGAGGCUGGUCGGUUUUAGCUUCCUGGUGAAGUUGCCAGAGUGCCCUGGAUGGAGGAGUUCAGUCGGAAGCGCCUCGGCCGAGUGUUGAGCAGAACAGGUCGGCCUCUACUUGCAGCCUUGCGUGGCCUGAACCCUGCCGCCUCUUAAGGUCGUCUGGGCCGGUCCAGGCCUGGUUGCCAUCGGCCCGUUUGGUGGCGACUCAGGACCGGGCCUUCCCCAGGGCUUUGGGGCAGCCCCACUCCUCCAUCUCUCACUGCUUUUUAACACCUGUUUUCUCAGGCGUUUCGUUAACAUUAAUUUUUAACUGUUUUUAUUCUGUGAAAUUGUUUUAAUUGCUUUCAUUCUGUUUUUUACAUUGGUUGUAUUUUAAAUUACGUACACUGCCAAGGGGUGCACAUAUCAGGCGGUAUAUGACCCAUGAAAAUCAACAAGGAGUCACGUGCAGCUACACUGCUGAGCCUGAGGAACCUGGGCAGGGCCUGAGGAGGCACAGCCCGGGGGAACCUCAUUGGCCCUGUGUGUCACCUGACCCGUGCCGCCCUAGCAACCUGCAGUCCCUCCUUCCAGGCAGCCAUGUUGGUGGAGCCUCAGCCCAAUGGGUUUCCCUUCUUGUAGCAAAGGGCCGUGGGGUUGCCAAGGGUGAGGGGCCCCUGGAGGUUGCCCUGCAGUCCGUACGACUGGCUGUGGGGAAGGCCAACUCCAUGCUCGGGAUCAUCAGGAAGGGGGCUGAAAACAAAAUGGCUGCUCUCCUAAUGCCUUUCUACGGAGCUGCGGUGCAGCCACAUCUGGGGAACCGCGUAGAGUUCUGGUCACUGUAUCUCAAAAACGGACAUGACAGAACUGGGAAAGGCACAGGGCUGGGGCUCCUUCCCUCGGAGGCAAGGCUACAGCGUCUGGGGCUUUUUAGUCAGGAAAAGAGAGACGAAGGAGAGACACGAUGGAGGAGCUAUUGUGACAAUCUCGGCUACCAUCCAUUAAGUGCUGCUGACUUUGGAAAGAUUAUGAAAAAUGUCUUUCCCAACAUGAAGGCUCGCCGCCUGGGCACGAGGGGCAAAUCCAAAUAUUGCUAUAGUGGACUUCGGAAGAAAGCUUUUGUGCAGAUGCCAACGCUCCCCAAUCUUGACUUCCAUAAAACUGGAGAUGGGCUGGAAGGAGGCGAGCCCUCUGGGCACCUGCAGAGUGUCGACGAGGAGGUUGUGUCAGCCGCCUGCCAGCUGGUCUGUGAGUGGGCCCAGAAAGUGCUCAGCCAGCCCUUCGACUCUGUCUUGGAUUUGGCCCGCUUUCUGGUCAAAAGCCACUACAUCGGCACAAAAUCCAUGGCCGCUUUAACUGUCAUGGCUGGAGCCCCUGCAGGAAUCAAAGGAAUCCCUCAGCCUUCAGCUUUUGUCCCAACCGCAGAGAGCAAUUCCUUCCAGCCGCAAGCGAAGACCCUUCCUUCCCCGCUUGACGCAAAGCAGCAGCUGCAGCGGAAGAUCCAGAAGAAGCAGCAGGAGCAGAAGCUGCAGUCACCCCUACCAGGGGAGUCUCCGGCCAAGAAGGCGGACUGCGUCACCAGCAACGGGGUCACCAGCCUUUCCAAUGGGAGUCCAGCGAUCUUGUCUCCUCAGCCCAUUGGGAUUGUUGUGGCCGCUGUCCCGAGCCCCAUAACGGUGCCAAGGACCCGGCAGCUGGUGACUUCUCCCAGUCCUGUGGGCCCAUCCGAUGGCAAGGUCCUUCCGCUCAACGUCCAGGUGGUUACUCAACACAUGCAGUCGGUCAAGCAGUCACCAAAGACGCCCCAGAAUGUCCCCGCCAGUCCCGUUGGUGACCGUUCUGCCCGGCAUCGGUACCCCCAGAUCUUACCCAAGCCGGCCAACACCAACGCUCUCACCAUCCGUUCCCCGACGACUGUGCUCUUCACGAGUAGUCCCAUCAAGACUGUGGUUCCUGCUCAGCACAUGAACGUGGUCAAAAUGACAGCAAUAUCCCUUGCCCCGAGCAGCACGACUAGCACGCAAGUCAAACACACGGCUCCAGUUGUCAGUAGUUCAGGAACGGCGGAAGAGCUCAGGACUGUCCCACAGAUCAGGAAUGGGUCUGCGGUUUGCCUUCAGUCUCCGGGAUCCAGAGCGAGCAGCGGAGGCUUGACUCCUGCUGCCUCUUCCAUUGAGGUCAAAACAGAGCCGGAGGUGGUGCUGGACGAGAGCCUGCUGCAGUGCCAAGAGAACGCGGACCCUCCUCCCGCUGGAAAGGCUGCUCCGAGGAUGCCUGCUGGUCAGCAGAGGAGAUGCGAAACGGAGCCCCGGAAAGCGCCGGCUGAGGAGGAGGGCGCCGGGGAGGCAAAAUCCAUCCGGGGCUGCGACCCGAGAGUGGAAGGUCCUGGGAGGAAAGGCCUCCCCCAGCCUAACGAACCCAGCCCCGCCCUUGCCUCGGAGAGUCACCCCACACCUCUGGCUCCCUCGGCUGCUCCUCAGAACUUCUCCCCGGGCAGCAUCGGCUCCCACCCCAGUGGGGAGAAGUUGUGCACUAGAAGUCCCCGGAAGCGCCUGCCUCCUGGCUUCCCGGAGUCCCAGGGGCCCCCUGUGAAGAAGCCCUCCGUGGAGCUGGUCUUGGCCGCUAGCACAGAUGCCCCCCAAGCGAGCAGCCCCAAGGAAGGGCCGCAGAGGGUGACGGGGUAUCUUGUGAAAGGCGACAGCCCUGCUGCUUCCCUUGUGCCAGCGACGCCCCGCAAGGUGACCAUCAAGGUCAGCCCUGCAGCCGCAAGUCAGCUGUUGGCCAGCCAGGCCCCAGACGCCGACCUUGUCCUCGGCUCCAGCGGCGGCGGCGGCGGCGCCCUGGGACAGCAGCUGGCAGCCUCCUCGCCAGACAUCCGAGUGAAGCUGGAAGGAAACGUGCUCGUCUUGGAGAACAGCUCCCCGGCAGACGGCAGCUUCGCCCCCAGCCUGUGGCAGCAGCAUCUGGCGAAGGGCGCCACCUUGGCACCAGUCAGCUUUGAGCAGCAGCCGCCGCCCCCCCAGCCGGAAGCCAGUGCUGUGCCGCUUGCUGGGCCCUCGGGCUCGGAGGACUUUCCCAAGUCUGUCUGGGAGCCGGUGCACUUUGAAGGACUCCCGCAGGCAGCCUUCGGCCAGCCGCUGCCAAGCCCGGGGCAGGAGCCGACUCUGGAGCAGCUCCAAGCCCAGGCGGCAGCCCCAUUGCCUCUGCAGCCGGAGCUCCGAGACUUUGAGGACGCAGCGUCUCAGUCGGAGAACUUCUUCUCCUUUGACGACGAGCUGACGCAGGACAGCAUCGUGGAGGAGCUGGUGCUCAUGGAGGAGCAGAUGUCCCUGAGCAACUCCCACCUGUACAGCACUUCCCUGGGCCUGGCCCUGCAGAGCCAGGCGGCGGCUCAGGAGGCGGCCCUGUCCUCACACGCCGGCAGCGCGCACUUCUACCACCCCGCCCACGCCAGCGGCAGCACUCCUGCCCACACGCCCACCCCGACCCCCACGCCCACCCCGACCCCCACCCCGACCUCCGAGCUCAUUGCUGGGCCACAGGGCUUGUCGCGGGAGAGCCCGUGCUCCAGGAUGGCGCAGACCACGCCUGUGGACAGCGCGCUGGGGAGCAGCCGGCAGACCCCCAUCGGCACGCCCCACUCCAACUGCAGCAGCAGCGUCCCGCCCAGCCCCGUGGAGUGCAGGAACCCCUUUGCCUUCACGCCCAUCAGCUCCAGCAUGGCCUACCACGACGCCAGCAUCGUGUCCAGCAGCCCCGUGAAGCCGAUGCAGCGGCCCAUGGCCACCCAUCCCGAUAAAACCAAGCUGGAGUGGAUGAACGCGGGCUACAGUGGCGUGAGCAACCCGGCAGCCUCCAGCCAUGGCGUUCUCCCAAGCUACCAGGAACUGCUGGAGGGCCGGUUCAGGAAGCCCCACGCCUUUGCGGUGCCUGGCCAGUCCCACCAGUCUCAGCCGCGGCACCACGAGACCCACUUUGGCCGCGUGACUCCCGUCUCUCCUGUCGGCGGCAGCAGCAGCAGCAGCAGCAGCAGCUCCACCACCACCGCCACCACCACCAAGCAAGAAGGCUUUGCUGUCCCGGCGCCCCUCGACAGCAAAGGGGCGUGCCCCUCGCACAACAGCAACUUCCGGUGCCGAAGUGUCAGUCCUGCUGUCCAUCGGCAGCGCAAUCUCAGCGGGAGCACCGUCUGCCCUGUGGCCAGCGUGCUGCGGCCCAGCGUGACGGCCCCGUUCGGCAGCCCCCUCGCCCCAGAGGUCCACAAUGCUUUCGCAAACAUCCCUGCAGACCCGAGUGCCGGCAACUUGGCCCAGAGGAGUCAGUCCGUCCCCUUGACGGUGAUGAUGCAGUCAGCUUUCCCGCUGCCUCAGAAACAGACCAGUUCGAAAAAGAUCACCAACGUGUUGCUCAGCAAACUUGACUCGGACAACGAUGACACAGUGAGGGGCCUGGGGAUCAAUAACAUGCCCUCCAAUUACACAGCGAGGAUGAACCUGACUCAGAUCUUGGAAACCUCUGCAGCUGCCGCGUUCCCCAGUGCCAACGCCCAGGAUCUGCUCAACCCUACCCCUUCAGUUUUUGAAUUCCAAACACCGAGUUACCUCACCAAGAACAGCAGCGCCGACCAGAUCCCUUUUUCUUCUGGGGAGAACCAAGCACAAUCGGAGACCAGAGAGGAGGAGGAGGAGGACCAGCAGCAGCAGCAGCAGCAUUUCGGCAGCUCUGUCAAGGACCUCUUGGGAGAGGGCAGCCUGCCAGCCAACCCGCAGUUGGUGAGCCAGGUGGCAUCGGAUCUCGGCAACGUGGCUUCCGUCUUCUCCAGCGACAUCAGGUUGACUUCUGAUCUCUCAGGCAGCAUCAACGAUUUGAACACUCUGGAUGCAAAUCUGCUGUUUGACCCGGCUCACCAGCAGAGCCCGGACGACGAGGCGACACUGGAAGAAUUGAAAAACGACCCCUUGUUUCAGCAGAUCUGCAACGAAUCGAUGAACUCCAUGGCUUCCAUAGGCUUUGACUGGAUGGAGAGCAAGGACCACCCUGCUGUGGAAAUGUUGGGUUGAGAUAUAUAUAUAUAUAUAUAUAUAUAUAUAUAUAUAUAUAUAUAUAUAUAUAUGAAUGAUAAUGUAUGUAGCACACUGUAUCAAGACAGACGUAUUGUAUUUGUCUUAAUGGAAGUGCCUCCUGCAGCAGAAACGUUGACUAUGAAUUCAUUGUGGCAUUUUAAAAAAAAAAUUGGUCUACCAGCUGCUUUAUUCUUCAGCAGGGAAUAUAGAAACCUACCAAUUUUGAAGACAUUUCUGAAGGAUAUGGCCUGUGCCGGAGCCAGUAUUAGAUUUUAAAAUUGACUUCUUAUCGAGCAUUUCUUGCUGUAGCAAAAGAAGAGGAAGCCAGUCAGGGGUCCCAAGGGUGUAGCCAGUUUAAAGGCCCCUCCCCCCAGCAGGGCUGCUUCCCCUGUUGGUUGCAGGCAGCCUGGCUUCAGGUGGUGUUUCCUGGCCUGCCCCGAGGGAAGGGAGGCUGGGCAGCCCCACAGCAGCAGGGUGGGGUGGAGGAUGGCUCCAGGGGGCCAGGGCCAGGGCUCUGUGUGCACACAGGGGGCACCCGCCCAUGCCGGCCUCGCUUUCCACUGGAGGGCACCCAUCUGGCCGCAUGUAGGAAUGCACCCAGAGCGGACCUGCAUCCUCCAUGAGAAACCAUUCCAGGGGGCAGAGCUGCCCACAGACCCCGUGGUGGGCUUGGAACGGCCUCUGUUUUUGUUGUGGUUAGAGUAUGAGCGCUGGCAGUUUUGCACCAGAGAGUCCUUGUCGAGAAAGGCAGCAGUUGCUUGUGGGGAGGAGGGGGGGAGAGACGCCUGGCUGGAACGGACGGUGGGAGAGAGGUGGACGUGAUGCCGGUGCAACUUCCCAUGGCAGUCAGUGGGGGCGGGGAGGCGGGCGGCCAUCAAGGACAGCAGGAGGGGCACUGCAGCUUUUAUUUAAAAGGAAAGGAACCGGUGUCUUCAGUCAUGUGAAUGUUUACCACCUCAUCUUUGGAGAGUACUUUCAGUUUCUGAUUUUAAUGUUGGUUUUAAUAAUCUUAGAGCAGCAGUUCUCAAAACUGGGUCCCCAAAUGUUGUUGGACUACAACUCCCACCAUCCCCGGCCCCAAUCCCCUUUGGCCAUUGGGGCUGGGGGUGAUGGGGGUUGUAGUCCCACGAACUCUAGCGACCCAGGGGUGAGCGCCCCUCUCGUAGAGAGAAAGCCGCUUCGGAGCCCUGAGACUUCAUACAGCUGCAUUCCAUUGCAUCACGUGCCCCUUCUGUGGUUGUCGUAGGGAUCUUCUACGCUUUUGUUUUAUUGUUUCUAUCCAGAGCUAGGGUGACCGGAAGUGAGGAUGGAGGUCUUGCCACCCUCGGACACCUUUGCAGACAAGCAGUGGCUGCCUCCGUGUUCUGCAGCCGAUCGGCGCUGUGAGGGUUUUGCAGCAAGCCCCCUUGCUGCUUGCGCUUUGCAGCCCUGGGCUCCGUCUCCUGGGAGCCGCUUGGGCAGAGGCUGCCUGCCCUCCGUGGCCUGGUCCCCCCCGUCCCCCCCCCGUUGCUCGGAGACUGGCCCAGGAGGCUCUCCCAGGGGAUCGCGCCCUGUGCCUUCAUCAGGAGGAGUGUGGAGGGGCCGGGGAAAGAGGCGUCCUUCACCAACUGGGGCCUUACGCGUGCAGAAGGGUCUGCAUGCAGCCCUCUUCUGCUGCCUUGGGCUCAACUCUGCCCACCCGGAUUGGUGGCGAAUGGUCCAGGCACACUUCCCCUGGGGCUUGGGACGGGCAGGGCUUCUGCCACAUUGCCACUUCUCUGGCUGGGGCAGCUCAUUUUCCGCCUUCAAAACUACAAGUUAGGCCCGGUGGGGGGGGGCGCACUCCCACAUCUUGCUGCCCACGACCCCUGGCGAGCUGUCAUUGCAGCCUUGGGACGUUCUGGCCACGGUCUCCCUGCACGCGACAGUUCCAAGGCCAACGGCUUUGGGCCGAGUCUUGGCUGAUGUAUUGCGGGGGGGGCGGGGGGGCUCUUUCCCAGGCUGCUCCCCGACUUGCCCUUCAUGGUGCUAGAACCCUGUUGCCUCUCGCCAAGCCUGAUGGUGCUAAGCGCUUCACUUGAAGUCCCUACGCCCCCGGGAGAGACUGCCUGCGUGGGGCUCCCUAGCUGCUCACUUGUCAGCUGCAAGGGGUGGGUGGGGCGGGCAGUUGUUGGCCACUGGGGCAAAGCCUGCCCAUAGAAAGGCAGCCUGUAGAGGUGGGGGCGCUCUCAGGAGGAGGCUGGGGAAAGACAGCUCCCCCCCACACCCCCUCCUGAGGGCCAGGCCAGGGAGAGCCUCUGCACGCAAGAAGAGGGCUGCCCGUCAGUUUGGGGCAUGCGGAAGUGAACAGUUGCGCUCCGAGUCGUUCUUAAGGCUUGGUUGCCAGCCCCUCCUUUGGUAUUGGGUGUCCGUCGUGUGUGAAGAACCUGCCGCUGCAAAGUGGCCCUUGAAGGCUCUGGACCCUCCACCGCCCUUGGCUCCUCCUCCUCCUCCUCCUCCAGAGCAGCCCCUGAGCCUGAGAGGCCCUCCAGAAGCCUCCUGGGAGAGGAGUGCCCCUUGCCCCGGGGCGGUGUGUGCGCGGUGGCCUCUGGAGGCGGUGGGGGCCCCUGCGUGCCUCGCGGGUCCGGGAGGUGGAAUUGCACUUGGGGGGGCCCAGUCGGGUUAAAUGAUUUUAAAAGUGAAACUUCCCACUCAUCAUGUGACCACUAUCAAGGUUUUUUAAAGGAACCAUUUGCAGCCCUUUUGAAAUGCCACCGUGAGCUUUGAGCCAGGGUCCCCAGAGGCUGUUGGACUACAACUCUGAUGGCUUUUAACCCCUGUGGCAGGGGACGAUGGGAGUUGUAGUCCAACAGCAUCUGGGGAGCCCCUGGCUCAAAGCAAACGGAACGGGAGCCUGGGUCUGGCGGCAGCCUUUCAUGCCCGUGGAAGGGGGCCAGGGUGAAGAAGGUGGUGCUUAGGGGGCGGGAGUGAUUCUGGGUCUCCUCCGCGUGGCAGGUGGAUGGAGGUGGUAAUGAUCAGCCCACUGGGCCUGGCAGGACAGUGCCCCUUUCCUGUGACUGAGCCCUGCUUCACACCAGAGCCUGCCUUGCCCAGAGGGGAUUUCGGAGGACGGCGGGAGAGGCCCGGAGGCUGUCCUGACUGUGUGUUUACAUUCUUGGCUUCCUCACGAGGAUGAGAAUUCCCGGAUGAAAUGGUUUGGAGAGCUGCUGGUUUUGGCUACAGACCAGUGAAUUUGUACCCAUGCCUGGGGUUGCAGGGAACGUGGGCGAUUCGGCCGGCUAGCCCAUUGGACGCUGUGGGGUUCCUCUGUUGCACUAAAGCUUCUGUUGAACUGUGGCAGGCACAUUCCUUAGGAUAAAUGCAACCAAUACGGCCCACAGAUUAAGAGAGAAAGAGAGAGAGAAACAAAUGACUACAGAAAACUUUUUAACGUGUUUCAUUACUAAAAGGCAAAAUGUCAUCCAAAUGACAAGUAAAAUUGUCUUAUGUAGCAAUGUGCAUUGAUCUCAGUGAGAUAUUUCUAUUUCUUAUUCUCUUACCUGAGAAUAUUACAGCAGGAAAAAAAACUGUUUUGUUUGCCUCACCAUGUUAAUACAUGAUCUCGCCCACGUGCAUGUGUGUUCAAUUAGCUGCCCUUGUACAGUGCCGGCUAGACUCCUGGAAGCACUUGUGCUUUUUUUACGUUUUGCGCUGUAUUGAGACUGGUUCUGUGUUGACCAGGCAGGCAUAGCUGGAUCACCAGUUAGUCAUGUUUCUUUUUUAUGUUUACUAAUUCUGCUUAGUUAUUGUUAAAUAUGUUCUUUUCUCGGAUUAUUUUUAUUGCUCUGGUGUUGGGAAAAUCCCCUUGGUAUCUUUUUUUUUCAUGAUGAGAAUUCAUGAAGUAAAGAAUUUGCAAAUAAUUGCAAUAAGCACUGACUUUUGAACUGAACAGAAGGAAAUGGUUUCUCAUGCAGUGCAUCUGAAGUUGAUAUAAAGUCUUGUACCAUACGGUGCUUUCUAUAAGGAAAGAAGAGCAAAGCGCCCCCCCCGCCCCCCCCACCUCCCCCUUCAUCUAGUGCACAGUCAGAUUGUCCCCAGUGGUUGGUUAUCUGUUGUACUGCUGGAAUUACAGUAGUUGGAUAUUGCAGUAGCAUUUCUGUUGAUUUUUUAUUGAAAGUGCUCAAAAUUUGUUUUUUUAAUGUUUUCAGAAACAAUAAAACAUUUUCUAUUAAGCCAGA